CGUAUAUGAGGUCAAUCCUCGCUUCUGCAGCCCAGGGUCAGAAGGGGGGACUGUCUUCCUCUCCUUUCACCGUGCUGCCUGCUGACGGAGUCUGUCAGCGGCUCUGUUCACAUGCUAAUGACCGAGAGGGAGGCGGCGGCAGCGGCAGCGGGUUGGCGGCGGAGCGGCAGCGCGGCAGAGAGACACCACACUACAGCUUCCUCUCCAACAACAACGUGCACCUCACCACCUCUCUCCACCAGCCUGCCGGACUAACGGCAGCUAAUACCGUCUCCGUCCGAAUCCACCCUGGUGUCUUCUCUUCCAGCAGCUGGGAGGAUGAAGGGGAGGAAUCCUGGCAGUUUGUAGCAGCAGAAGAACAGCAGCACUGGCAGCCUCUCCAGCCCCUGUUUGACACCUCUGUCUGCGGCGGAGCUCACCAUGAGUUAGAGGAUACUGGAGACCGUCACCACAGCUGCCUUCCCUGCCAUCUGGAGCACCGUGUCUGACCGCGACAGCAGCAUCACUCGCCCUGCUUCAUGAGCCAGCAGGAUGCGGCUGAGGUCCUCGCACUCUCCGAGCGCCUCCUCAUAGCGUCGCACAAGGGACAAGCCGACAAUGUGGUCCAGCUCAUCAACAAGGGAGCAAAAGUAGCCGUCACCAAGUAUGGCCGAAGCCCCCUGCACUUGGCUGCCUACAAAGGCCACAUCGAGGUUGUGCGUAUCCUGCUCAAAGCUGGCUGCGACCUGGACAUCCAAGACGACUGGCCUUGAAUGGGACCCGUUGGACUGCCCACUUGUGGGUUUGCCCUCAGGAUGCAAGUCCCCCUUUCCCACAGAUAGUGAUAACCCAGACCUCUGGCAUUGCCAAAUUCAUUCUCUGUGGUCAAUGAGCUCUGCAACAGGCUGCAGUACAUCCUUCAGGACUGGAGGGAGCAGGAGGUGCAGACUGAGGCAGGAGGAGGAGGAGGAGGAGGAGGAGGAGAGAAGACAGUGGAGGAAGGCUGGGACAGUGAAGGAGGGGGAGCAGACGGCGUUACAGCGCGCCGCUGUGGUGGGAAACAGCGAUGUCAUCGGUGCUCUCAUCCAGGAAGGGUGUGCACUGGACAGACAGGACAAGGACGGCAACACAGCUCUCCAUGAGGUGUCCUGGCACGGCUUCAGUCAGUCUGUCAAAGUGCUGGUGAAGGCUGGAGCCAACACUCAUGCUAAAAACAAGGCAGGAAACACACCUCUCCACCUCGCAUGUCAGAACGGUCACACUCAGAGCUCCAAGGUUCUGCUCCUGGGAGGCUCCAGGCCCGACAGCAAGAACCAUGCGGGGGAUACGUGUCUGCAUGUGGCGGCCCGCUACAACCACGUGGCUGUGAUCCGCAUCCUGCUGGGAGCCUUUUGCUCCGUGUCAGAGAAGAACCUGGCUGGGGACACACCGCUGCACGUGGCUGCUGCUCUGAAUCAUAAGAAGACGGUACGCCUGCUGCUGGAGGCCGGAGCAGACAGCCACAUCUGUAACACUGCAGGUCAGACAGCUCUGGACCAGGCCAGAGAGCACAACAACCCAGACGUGGCUCUUCUGCUGACCAAAGCCCCCCAGGUGCAGAGUUUUGUGCGUGGCAGGAGUGUGAGGAAGAGGAGAGACAAGCUGAAGGCGGAGGGCAGAGCUCAGUCUGUGCCCAGAGAUGAGCUGCUGCCCUGCAAGGACAGUGCGUCUGCUGCAGAGGACACCCAGAGCAGCGACCGAGCUGCCUGCAAACACGCUGCAGUGACCGAGUCUAACACCAGGAGGGGGAAGAACAGGAAGCAGAAAGAGAAACCAUCUCUGUCCGAACCCCUUCGCCGCAGAGAGACCAGGCACAGCGAAGCCUUUCACAAGAGGAAAUGCAAGCUGCGAGGAGCUUCCAUCCCUCCACAUAACUAUAAAGCCUAUCAGCUCUACACGCUGUACCGCGGCAAGGAUGGCAAGAUCAUGCAGGCUCCUCUGAAUGGCUGCCGCUGUGAACCUCUCAUCAGUAAACUGGAGAACCAGCUGGAGGCCACUAAGGAGGAGAUGAAGACUGAAAUCCACACCGUCCAAGACCUGAUGAACAGCAAGAUGGGCCAGCUGGACCGCAAGAACAAACACCAGAUCCGAGCUCUUGAUAAGAUGACGGUGGAGAGAGUGUCUGCAGAGAGGGCCGAGUGUCUGCAGAGGAUUGAGCAGCGGGCCCUGCAGGAGAGGCUGGAAGCAGAGAAGAGACAGCAGGCGUCCCUGGUCAGUGAGCUGAAGAGCUGGUGUCUGUCCAAGCUGCAGAACAUGGAUCUUCACUUCACCGGGGACCCUGGCAGCACCAAGCUGCGGCGCUCCUCCUCUGUGGCCGAGGGCCUGGAUGAAGCCGACGGAGCUGGCCUCGACGUGCUGCCCUCUGGCCAGGGAGGCAACUCCCAGUGCCUGGAGCUCCACAGCAGCCCUGCCCUCCUGGACUCCAGCCGGGGGGAGCCCAGUGUGGCGGAGGGUGGCUCAGCCAACCACUACUUUGUGGUUCAUGUGGAAAGCUCUCCAGAUGGUGAUAAGACUCAUAAUGCAGAAGUCACCUCUCCUGCAGCAGCCAAGAGCCCGCUGUCAUCCGUCCAGGUGGUUCGACCGAAGGAGCGACCUGUGAUCUGUGCUGACACACAGAGCAAGAACCAGGACCUGCAGGACGUUGACCCGGUGGAGUACGGGGCGAAGGGGGGCAGGAGUUACAGAGCCAGCAGCCUGUCUCCGGCCACAGAGCGCCACUGCAGCAGCAGGACUGCAGCCGGACUCAGAGAUGGGGAGCGAGGGCGGGACAGAGGGAAACACCACAAGAAGCAUUCCCAGGGCAGGACUAAGUCCAGAGGGGCCACAGGGGUCAGGACUCUGGGGGUCUUUGGAGACCAGCCCAAUGAACCCUCCUUUGCUCAGGAGAGGGACAACAUGCACGCUCUGGAGGUGACCCAGUACUUCUUCGAGGCGGUGUCGACGCAGAUGGAGCGCUGGUACGAGAGGAAGGUGCAGGAGGCUCGCUGGCAGGCCGACCAGAGGGCUCAGGCCGACAGAGCCGCUCUGAUGGAGAGGAUCACCUACCUGGAGGACGAGCUGCGCAUGCUGAGGACUAACAGACAUGAUGACUGCUAACACACACCUCACCUGUCACUACCUGGCUGCAUAAAGACAGACUAAAUCCCUUUGUCAACAGCCAUGACAUGAUCUGGAUUCAUGAAUCACAUAUUGUGUUCAUGAUGUCCAGUGCUGUGGGGCCUGGAGCCACUAAAUCACAUCAUAAUGGAAUACUAAAGGUGUUCCAUGUUGGUUGUCAUGGUAGCACUGUACUGGUAUGGUGAGAUGUGUAAAUCCAGUUCUUUAGAAAUAAGGGCAGCUCUCGUGCACUGUGUAAAUAAUCCAGUAGAUCGUGUGUCAAUAGAUUGAUCUAAUGUGCCAUUUAGAACAUAGAUACACUACAUCACAUCACAUCAAUCAGCAACAACAGUGUCGAUUUAAACACACACAUCCCAUGAUGUCAUAGUGAAAGUUGUCCAGCAUAAUAAGCUUUUUGAUGGUAUCUGUAGGCUCCAGUGGGAUCAGCCCUGGGACUUUAGAAGAACAAUCUCUUGCUCAUUUAUCAGGCUGUAGCUAUAUAUAUAUAUAUAUUAUAUAUAUAUAUAUAUAUAUAUAAUAUAUAGUAUAUAUACUAUAGUAUAUAUAUAAUAUAGUAUAUAUAUAUAUAUACUAUAUUAUAUAUAUAUAUAUAUAUAUAAUAUAAAAUAUAUUAUAUAUAUAUUAUAUAUUUAUAUAUAUAUUAUAUAUUAUACAUAUAUAUAUAUAUAUAUAUUUAUAUAUAUAUAAAACCCCUGGGGGAGUAGUAAUAGCUGAUUUUGCUGCAUGGUAUGAACUGUAUUGAGGCUGCCCAUGGAAUUGUUAUAGACUUUUACAAUGUCUAAAUAUUUUUCAUUCAUUAUCCAUAACCGCUUAUCUUAUUAUUUUUGUAUGAUAUGAUGACAUGAUGGAUGAUGAAUUAAAUAAGCAUUUAAAUAAAUUUUAAAAAAUGAUAUUACAUUUCCUUAUCCUGGCUAAAAAUGAUGAACAAAUAAUUUAAUUUUAAAACGUAAUUGCAAAGUGAAUUUGUAAAAGGCUUUGUUAUUCCGUUAUUACUCAUUUGUCUCCUGCGUUAACAUGUACAGUAUUCAUUUCAUGAUCACUUUCAUUUAAAGAUGUGUGCCGACUUAAACUACAGGUACACUGACCUGGCCGUCAGAGACCUGGAGACCGAAGAUGUUUCUCUCUUUCAUUUAAUAUUAACAAUAUAAUUUAUUUAAAAAAAAAUAAAACAGUCCAUCGAAAAGAAGAUUAAUCAGUAAAUAUUUUGAUAGUCAAGUAACAACAUGACGCCUGAUUGCAGUUCCUCCAACGUGAGGAUUUGCUGCUUUUUCUGUUUUAUAUAAUUUUCAAUAGUUUCUUUAGUUUUACAGACCAAACGAUGACUCAGUAAUGAGAAUCAUCAUCCUUACAUAUAGACCCUUAACUACAUAGAAUCUCGUCUUCCAGUAUGCCGAUGUCCUGCCAAUCUUGUCUAACAGUAAGUGACAGUCCUGAUGUAAAAGAUGAAGAAAGCUCGGAGUUGUGUUGCAACACUGUAAUACUGCAGUAUUACUGUGUAGUGACGGUCUGCUCAUGCAUGUUGGUUAGUUUUACAGAUAACUCUGUGGAUAUGAAUAAUGCACUCUGUAUAAUGAUGUCAGAAAACAUAUUUUGUAUUAAAAAUGAUCAUCCUGAA